CCCCUAUUUUAUCGAAUGCAAUCGUCCAUCCGUUCCCUCUGGCUAGUUAUGCGGAAGUGUGUGUUCUGUGGGCGUGGUUGGGUGUUGGCAUUAGGUGACAUCAGUUGGUGAGGGAAAGCCGCUGCCAAUAUUGCCGAGGAAUUCUCUUGUGCACGUUAGACAAAUACACCGCCACCAUGUCGAGCAAAAGGGCAAAGACAAAGACCACCAAGAAGCGCCCUCAGCGUGCCACAUCCAAUGUGUUUGCCAUGUUUGAUCAGUCUCAAAUCCAGGAGUUCAAGGAGGCAUUCAACAUGAUCGAUCAGAACAGAGAUGGAUUUAUUGAUAAAGAAGACUUGCAUGACAUGCUUGCUUCUCUGGGUAAGAAUCCUACAGACGAAUAUCUUGAAGCUAUGAUGAACGAAGCUCCAGGUCCCAUAAAUUUUACUAUGUUCCUCACUAUGUUUGGUGAGAAACUGAAUGGGACAGACCCAGAAGAUGUCAUCAGAAAUGCCUUUGCCUGUUUUGAUGAAGAAGGAACUGGCUUUAUCCAAGAGGAGUAUUUGAGAGAUCUGCUAACUACCAUGGGUGAUAGAUUCACAGAUGAGGAAGUGGAUGAGCUUUUCAGAGAGGCACCAAUUGACAAGAAAGGCAAUUUCAAUUAUAUUGAGUUUACACGCAUCCUAAAACAUGGAGCUAAAGACAAAGACGACUAAGCUGGCAUUCCAGUCUGAAGAAGAAAUCUGCUCAAUUCCUGUCCUGCGUUUCUUCUGAUAGAACUCAUUGCAUGCCUUUAGCUCUCUAGACCUUACCUUCUGUGUAUUUAUGGAUUUAUCCAAGCCAAUAUGGCACACACGCACACUUAUAUAACCAAACUGGAAACAGGAGCUGUAAGUGUAACAUUUUAAUGGCAAGUAAUGAGUAGAAAAUCUGCACAACAGAGAAACAAAUCUGUUUUUUUGUUUUUUCAAGUCAAGCUGGAUUUUUUGCAAUUUUGUAAUAAAAAAAAAUAUUAAAAGAAAAACUUUGGAAAUAAAACUGUCAAUUAAAUGUUCUCACUGUGAUCUGCAAGAGGGAAGACAAUUUGUAUAUUUCCAGUAUUAGUUAUUCAAAACAUAAAUUGUAGGAAGGUAUUUUGUUAAAGAAAAUAUAAGUUGUUUUCUUUAAAAAGAAAAGCAAGGAAUAUAGACAUUAAGACCAGUUUCAAGUCUUGAAAAAUUUGCCCAACCAUACUUGCCUUUUAUUAGUUAGACAUAUAUUUGUAAAUUCUCUUAGUGAAUUCAUAUUUUGCCUGAAUGCCUAAGUCUGGUAUUCAGCUACAACUAACCACUAGCCUAUAACGUUCCUAAUGUCCUAUUAAAUUGCCCUUGCCUCACCUGCCAAUGAUUAUACCCCUGUAUCUGGCAGCUCUGUAUACUGCACAUGUACUUUUUGUCCUCUGCAUUAAGUAAGAAUUCUAAAAGACCCAGCACUCUGAACAAUGAGAGAGGUGUUUAAAGAAGCAGUCUCAAUAAAGUCUGUAGUGAGUCCAUGACUGUGGCAUGCUCAAUAAGUUAAGUGUAGAUGCUUGUCACAUUUUACAUAUCAGAUCACCUAUAUCUGCAUUUUUAUGGAGUGAAUAAAACAUUAUUCUUUUCA